GCAUAUGCAUUUACUUUUGUUUCUUCUAGGUUCAGACAAAAUACAUACAAGUGCUCAGGUCGAUAAAGUAGUAUGUGCUGAAUUGCCAGAUCCUAUAGAAGACCCUUCACUUUUUGAUACUGUUAAGGGUUGCAUGGUACAUGGACCAUGUGGUGCUCGAAAUCCUCAAGCAGCAUGUAUGGAAAAUGGAAAAUGCACUAAGAAAUAUCCCAAAGCCUUUUCGGAAACAACUACACUGGACCAAGAUGGAUAUCCAAUCUAUCGACGUCGUAAUGAUGGUCAGGUGUAUAUUGUUAGGGGUCAACCGGUUGAUAACAGGGAUGUUGUUCCGUACAACGCUUACCUUUCUAGACUAUUCAAUUGUCAUAUCAAUGUGGAAGUCUGCGCGGGAAUGAGAUGUGUCAAAUAUAUCCAUAAGUACAUCUACAAAGGUAAUGAUCGUGCAACGAUGGUGUUGGGACUAAUAGAUGAGAUCAAGGAAUAUCUCGAUGCAAGGUAUAUUGGUCCAGUAGAAGCAGCUUGGCGGCUAUUCGGUCAUUCUAUGCAUGAAGAGAUUCCAACAGUGGUACGUUUGGCACUUCAUUUACCUGGAAAACAUAAUAGCCUAUUUAACACUGAAGAAUCAAUGCAAGACAUUGUUGCCAGGGCUGAGCAAGAUAUUACAACAUUAACUGGUUUUUUUGCAUAUUGUCAAGCAAAUGUAGAUGCACGUGUAUUCACCUAUCAAGAAUUUCCACAAACAUUUUGUUUGGAUAAAAUCAGAAAAGAGGUGGAAACCAAGAGAAAGGGGUUUUGCAAUUGGAAGAAUGUACUUUAUUAGCCCUAAUGCUGGUGAAAUAUUUUAUUUACGUCUCCUACUGGGUGUUGUUAGAGGACCAGAAUCAUAUGAAUGUUUACGCACAUUCAAUAAUAUUUUGCAUGACACAUUCAAAUCAGCAUGUAUUGCAAGAGGACUUCUGGAAGAUGACGAAGAAUGGGUGCAACGUCUUGAAGAAGCUGCAAUUAUGAAAAUUGGAUACCAGUUGCGUAGGUUGUUUUGUGUUAUUCUCACCCAAUGUUCUCCAUCGCAACUGGCUGCAUUAUGGGAAAAAUUUGCAACGCAUAUUUGUGAUGAUCUAGCGUUUAAAAUUCAAGUAUUAUUUUCCAUUCCAAAUCCAACUGCAGCACAGAUUGAGGAUUACGGUUUAUAUCUCUUGGACGAAUUGCUUCAGGAAUCAGGUAAAAAUUUAAAAGACUUUCCUCCCAUGCCAUUGCCUAUUGUGAAUUGGAGUAUAGUAGUGGGUAACAGAUUGAUAUUGGAGCAUCAACAACUCAUUUCUGAUGCCCAGCGUUCAGAUGCGAAUAUCAAUGUUGAAAGUCUCAAUGAAGACCAACGUGCCGCUUAUACUGCAAUCACCACCUCGGUGUUUGAGAAUAAAGGAACGACUUUCUUUCUAAAUGGGGGUGCUGGAACUGGAAAGACCUUUUUGUACAAUACUGUUGCCACAAAAUGUUGUAGCCUUGGACACGUCGUAGUCAGCGUUGCUUCAUCUGGUAUCGCUUCAUUAUUAUUGGUAGGAGGUCGCACUGCACAUUCAACAUUUUCCAUUCCAUUGGAUGUAUUGGAAGACUCAUUUUGUUCGUUUAGCAAACAAUCUUUACAGGCAGAGUUGUUUAGAAAAGCAACAUUGAUUAUAUGGGAUGAAGUCCCUAUGCAACAUAGAUAUUGUAUCGAAGCAGUUGAUCGCACACUCCAAGACAUUUGCGAUAAUAAUAAGCUAUUUGGGGGUAUCUCUGUUGUUCUCGGGGGAGACUUUCGACAAAUUCUACCAGUCAUACCAAAAGGAGUUCGCGAGCAAAUUGUGGGAGCAUCGUUAAGACGUUCUGUACUAUGGAAUCGUAUGCACAUUUUGACAUUGAAUUUGAACAUGCGCUUAAUUAACACAGACCUUGAGAAUUCAAAUUUUGCAGAAUU